AUGGACAUGAUAUUGGGAGUAGUGGUGGUGUCAAUGGUAGUGGUAAUUGGGGUUGUAGAGGUAGCAGUUUGUAGCAGAAAUGGUGGUGAUGUAAGGUCGGUGAUUGCAUAUGUAGGUGGUGGCGAUGAUAGCCGUUACGGUGGUGGUGGUAAUGGAAGCAACAAUGAUGGUGGCUGUGGUGAUGGAAGCAACAAUGAUGAGGAUAACAAUGGUGAAAGGGGUGGCGGCAUCAACGAUGGCGACGAUUGUGAUUAUGGUGGCAGCGAUGACAACUGUGGUUGUGGUGACGACGGCGAUGGUGGUGGCAACGAUGGUGGUUGCAAUGGUAGUGGUGGAGGCUGUUGUGGUGACAAUGAUUAUGGUGGUGGUAACAACGAUAGUGGUAGUAAUAGUUGUGGUGGUAUAAGGUAUUACAAAAAUUAA